AUACAUGUUAUCAGCAGCACAGCUGCCACGUCGUAUAUAUCGACCAUGAAUCUGAGUGACAACAGGCCAUGCGUGCAGCAGUUUCUUAGGUGAACACAUUGUGACGUUUGAGAAGUUUGACAGUUGUCACCAUCUGACCAUAUGAUACAUGUAUUGCCGAUUGAUAAGAUAAAAACAAAGGCGGGAUUAACCGUUAUACAGGUGAACACUAUAAGGUUUGUCAUAUGCAUGCAUGUAUAUAUCGUGUGUUUGUUCAAUAUUGCAUGUAUUUAAAUUUGUAAUAUUUACAGUUACUAAUGUUUGGUGAGCGGUAGUCCAGUGAUAUUUAAAUGAAUUAGAUAUUUCGAUAAAAGCACUCGUCUUUCAAUUUGACAUGAACAAGUCAAAUUAAAAAGAACCAAGGGAUUGUCUGGGUCACUUUUAUAAUGGGGAAUGAUAAAACAACGAAGGUCUGUUUUUUACAUAACCCCAUGAUACCAAGAAAUGAUGUAAACCAAUAUUCACAUGUACUUAGUGUCAUUUUCAUUGCAUUACAUAUGUAUAUAUAAGAGACACAAAGAUACAGAUAGUAAAACUGUCAUUGUGAGUUACAAAAUUAUACAGAUUUUGUAAACAUCACGAGUACAGAACAACGUUUGUUUUAAAUAGCACCGUUUCAUCAUAUUUUGUGCAAUUUUUAUCAUAAAGCAAAAAUUCUGGUUAACAACAGAAGUAAGAUGUGCUUUAUUUGAUACGCUAUGUACAUCUCAAAAUAUUUAAACAACACGAACCAUUUAAACUAGAUAAACAGCAUUGCAAAAUAAUUUAAAUCAUUGAAAAAUAAGUGUAUACAUAUGAUGUUCCUGUGUGCAUUCACAGAGUCACCAUUUUCAAUGUUAGGUUUUACAACAAGUAGAAGCAAUAGACAAUGUUUAUUGUUUUCUGAUGGCGAACACAGGAAUUCGUCCGUCUGUCAGAACUAAACAUCAAGUCCAACAUAUCAAAUCAUUUAUCGUCAACAUAAUUACUUGUAACAUAUUAAAAUGUAGGCCUAUUUACAUAUUACUUUCGGGAAAAAAUCAUUAUUAAUCAUACUAGACACACACGAUAUAGAUACAGGCUUAGAUUAUAUUCUGAUUGAGGGAUCAUGCAUCACUUUCAUGGGAUUUAAACUGCUUUUGAGUUUUCGGCGCAUUCUUCUGUUACGGUCAACAAGGAGGCUCCUACGUCAUAGUACUCGUAGAUUGUUGUGGGUGUCGCGGUGCAUCAACACGCACUGGUGUCAUUACAAGGCUACAUAUUGGACAGUUGAUUUUCGGCCUAGUCCCGUGCUUUCGAUCGCCAGGGUGAUUGUCGACCCUAGUUACCUUUCAACCUUAAUUCUCUGGAUCAUGUGGAUAGUGCAAAUGUUACAUCAUUUGAUAUUCCCAAACAUUUUAAAAGACCCAAAUCCUUCAAAUACCUUUAUUUCCAUAGCUUAAAAUCUAAGAGAAGAUUUACAUUUACUCUAGGACUUGUUGAAAGCACAGUGAAAUAAAAUGGAGGAAAAAAUACAGAUCUUAAAGAAGAGAAUGGUGGAUGUUACACCUAUAAAGGGCGAUGAAGAUUUCUAUCCAAAUGACACCACGAUUGUGAGGUACCUUAAGUCACGUGACUGGAAUGUUGAUGAGGCCGAAAAGAUGCUUCGGAACACGAUAGAAUACAGAAGGCGAACCAAUGUCAUAGACAUAGACUGCAAAUGGUGCCAUGACAGACCAGGUUUCCACACAAUGCGUCAGGUCGGGUUCGAUGAGAGUGGCCGACCUGUGAUUUACUCCAACUUCAGACAGGCAGCAACUCAUAGGUACAGCGCCGAGGACUCUAUAACCCACGUGUCUUAUAUAAUAGAGAACGCCAUACUUACUAUGAACCCCGGCAUAAGUACGUGGGUGUUUGUGGUUGACUGCUCGGGUAUGACACUCCCACUGUGCAAUCCCAAACUUGGGUAUGGAGUGACCCAGACUUUGGCGGAUCAUUACCCAGAGCGAUUAGGGAUGGUAAUCUGCUUAAACCACAAUGCCGUUUUCCACGCCGUCUGGAAAGCUAUUAAAAUGUUCCUGCACAAGAACACGGCAUCCAAAGUAAACCUUGUGCGUUCUAUGUCUAAAAUAAAAGAGAUAUUUCAUGAAUAUUUCUCGGACGAGUUAACAGAAUGGUUGCUAGAGGAGAUAAAAUUAAAUAAACAGCCUCCACUGAGCACCACUCAACAAAUGUUCUGGACGUGUCCAGAGAAGAAAGAUUCCCAUGAUCCACGUGGCUGUCCAUCUUACGUGUCCGAGUAUGUGGACAGAUAUUUUGAGAUGAAGGAAACAUCCAAACAACGUGUACAUGGACCUUUCCCUUCCAUCAUUGAUAGUUUAUUAGGAGAACACUGUGACGUCAUGUCUACCUCUUCGAUCGAACAGGCCUCUUUCGACGACUUCAGUAGAAGUUGUAGUGAUGGGGAACUAGAUUUGGACACGGUUAAAGAAGUAGAAAUUCCAGACGAAUUCAAAAUUGACGGCAGUGCUGCUAAACAGAAUUCUGUCUCUUAAUUAGACAUUGUUGUUGAUAGAAGUUUAUGUAGUCUUUCAUUGCUUUUACGGUUGAGUGUUGCAUGUGAUUUUUUUGGCAUUAUAUGUAUAUAUAAUAUUGUUGAUAAAUAAAGUUAAUCUACCUCCAA